UUUCAGAACAUUGUGCAAAAUGUUAGGAGAGGAGCAUGCAUUAACCAUUGAAGUUAGUGACAAGCAGAAAAAUAAUAUCGACGUGAAAACAGGACGGAAAGUGAAAGAAGAAUUACCGUCGCCUCGUGCGCGACCACCAGUUCAUCCAAAUGGUAGCACUGAAGUCCCACUCAAGAGUUCAAUGCAUUCAUCGUCGAAUUCUGCAAACAGUAGUAAGCGAACUACCCGACUGACAACUCGGACACUUUCAGUUUCAUCUGCAGAUUCUCUCACUUCUUCUUUCUCCGACCUUGAUGACGAGCAGGAUGACUCCUGUACAGUUCGAAACCGAGUCCAAGUAAACUCAUCCGGUUUCUCAGACUUCUGUGUUCGCAAAAUCAGCAGGGCCGAGUUUGGCCGGCGGGAAAUUGAAAUCGCCGAGCAGGAGAUGCCAGGAAUGGUAGCCCUGAAAAAGAGAGCUCAAGGAGAGAAGCCUCUGAAAAGAGCGAGGGUGCUGGCAUGUACCCAUGUGACAGCCCAAAAUGCGGUGCUAAUUGAGACAAUUGUGACCCUCGGCGCAACAGUUAGAUGGUGCGCAUGUAACGUGUUCUCAACUCAAAACGAAAUCGCUGCAGCAGUUGCCGAAAACAAUAUAUCCGUGUUUGCCUGGAAAGGCGAAACAGAAGACGACUUCUGGUGGUGCAUUGACAAGUGUAUCAACCCGAAAGAAGGUGCUAAUAACGUGUCCUCCGAAUGGACCCCGAAUUGUAUAUUAGACGACGGAGGAGAUGCAUCACAUUUGAUGUUGAAGAAGUACCCCCAGAUAUUUGACAAACUCACAGGCAUUGUGGAGGAGAGUGUGACGGGAGUUCACAGGCUGUACCAGCUCAGCAAGGCAGACAAACUGAACAUUCCAGCUAUCAACGUGAACGAUUCAGUGACCAAGGCCAAAUUCGAUAAUUUGUACUGUGCGAGAGAAAGUAUAAUUGACAGUCUGAAAAGAACUACAGAUAUCAUGUUUGGAGGCAAGCAGGUGGUAGUGUGUGGCUAUGGGGAAGUGGGCAAAGGAGUGUCUCAGGCACUGAAGGCGUUGGGUUCGGUGGUGUUCAUUACUGAAGUGGAUCCCAUUUGUGCUCUGCAGGCGUGCAUGGAUGGAUUCAAAGUGGUCAAACUAAGUGAAGUCAUUAAGUCUAUCGAUCUCCUGGUAACAUGUACAGGUAAUAAGAAUGUGGUGACGCGUGAACACCUAGACAAGCUGAAGAAUGGCUGCAUAGUGUGUAAUAUGGGUCACACUACAACAGAGAUAGACGUGUGCAGUCUACGCACUCCAGAGUUGACAUGGGAGAAGGUGCGCUCCCAGGUGGACCACGUGAUCUGGCCAGACGGGAAGAGGAUCAUAGUGUUAGCAGAGGGCAGACUGCUCAACCUCUCCUGCUCCAGUCUUCCCUCAUUCGUCAUCUCCAUCACAGCCACCACGCAGGCACUGGCUUUGAUUGAGCUUUUCAACGCGCCGUCUGGACGCUACAAGUGCGACGUCUACCUUCUACCCAAGAAGCUGGACGAGUACGUUGCCAGUCUGCACCUCAGUGCUUUCGACGCCCACUUGACGGAGCUGACAGACGAACAGUCUAGCUACCUGGGAAUAGCCAAAACUGGACCCUUCAAACCCAACUACUACAGAUACUAAGCAACCUGGGCAAUUAGGCGAAAAGAAUGAACAGUCACCCUAUGAUUAUCAUUAUCAACUCAUUGCAGUAUAUUCAAAUGUCAAUGAAGGUAGUGAAGACUUUUUAUG